GCCACUCGUCAGCCUCGCAAGACGCGCUCGCCACCGUGGGCCACCUUGAUCAUUGUGCAAUCCAGCCCUGAUCAAUACCUCCAACCAACCUUGAUCACCUACCACCAUCUGCAAGUUGACAACCGCUGCGCGACACGUUCAUCCAUGAGUGUCGACAUCGCCGCGGCGAACGCGACGUUCCUCCAGGCACUCUACAAACACGCGGCCACAAAGCUCAUUGCGCCCGCCACCCAUUCCACAACCACCGCGACGCCCGUGGCUACGGAAUCCCCCGCAUCAUCCGCCCAGAAAGGGGCCGGAACGAAACUGCACAUCGAGCGGCCGUUCUCACUCACCGACCUCACCCCGCUCACCGAAACCAUCCCAUCCCGGAACCUCCCCGAGGAGCUAUCCGUGUUCGACCGCGGCGACGCGACGGGCCGCCACCCCCGGCGCGCCGACACUGCGCUACGCUACGUCCGCGCGUACCCGCGCAUCCCCAAGGCAC